AUCCAUAUCUUCUGGGUAUAUGUGUUGCAAGUUGAGUAAAGCAGAAAGAGAACAGCUGAAGGGAGAAACAGAGCAGGGUGGACAGAAAACCUAUAAAACAAAAACAAGAAUUGUUUGUCAGCGAUACAAUGGCUGGACUAUGGCGUUGCAUACUUGCAGUGGUGAUGUUGAUGUGCGUGUACCUCUGGGAUUCUGCUGAGGCUGUAGGUGGAGCUAAGAGUCGACCCCGACCCCAAAGACGACCUCCCAAGAAGCCAAAGAUCACACCUAUUGACCUGACCCAACCCGAACAAGACAUAGACAUAGAAAGGAUGCUGGGAACAUGGUACCUGCUUAAUACUGCCUCCAAAUGCUCUUACCUGGUAAAUCACGGGACCAAGGUGGAGCCAACAGUAAUCACCAUUGCUCGUACCGCUACCUCUAAUAAAACGCUGUCUGUUAGCACCAAAACAAGGCAUAAUCACCAGUGUUGGGAGAUAUUACAAGUCUAUCAUCUAACAUCAGUCCCAGGAAGACUGACAAUGAAAGGAUCUCCCCCUGAGCAGAAUAUUGAGAUAGUGAUUGGGGAUACAGACUACAAUUCCUAUGCCAUCAUGUACUACCAGAAACAGGGCAAGAUCACAAUGAAACUCUAUGGGAAGUCUGUGGACAAUCUGUCAGAGCCGCUGCUAACCAAGUUUGAAGAGCUUGCUGCAAAACAGAAUUUGCAGCGGGCCUACCACUUCCCCUUCCCCACCUACAGUCACUGCGGUGAUGUGGAUCGAGAUCAUGUGAUCAAUUGUGUUCCCACAUGCUGAAGAGGCGGAGCUGAGGGGACGAUGGAGAGCAACGCUUUUGAAUUCACCCCUAACAUUAAAUGUCCUCAGCCACACACUGAAUAAAAGGACAUAAGAGUCAAA